AUGAAGCUCCUUGUGCUAGCUGCUCUGCUCUCAGUGGCCUCUGUGGAGGGCAAGGCCGACUCCCGGUCAGUGCUGCAAUUCCGCAAAAUGAUCAAGUGCGUGAUCCCCGACAGUCACCCCGCUUUGGAUUUCGCUGACUACGGCUGCUACUGUGGCCUGGGUGGAUACGGCACCCCUGUGGAUGAACUGGACACGUGCUGCCAGACACACGACAACUGCUAUGAGCAAUCCAGGAAUGUGGAUGGCUGUCGAUUCCUCCUGGACAACCCUUACACCAGAUCCUACUCAUACUCUUGCUCUGGCACAGAGAUCACCUGCAACAGCAAAAACACUCCCUGCCAGGAAUUCCUCUGCAACUGUGACCGCACUGCUGCCAUCUGCUUUUCCAAGGCCCCAUAUAACAAAGAACACCAUAAUCUGGACCUCAAGAAGUACUGUAAGAAGUAA